UGUCCUUAUAUCUUCCCAUUCAGUUUCGAAGAGUCGCGCAUCGAGAGCAGUUGGAUACAAAAUCAGAGUCGUUCUGGAGUUGUUUUGUGUGUAUAUCUAACGCAUCCAAGUCAGAGUCACACCAUGAGACAUAAUUAUAACGCGAUUUUGCUGGCAGCGUUCCUGACAUGGUCGGGGGUGUUGUGUAGCACAGUCCUGGCCACAACGGAGGGCCAAGAAACCCCUCUGGCACUUCCGGUGGCGGAGCAGACCCAGCCCACCACAGCCAUCCAGGGGGAGGUGUGGGAGGAGGACGAUCAUGAGGUCUUAAUCCGAAACGAACGUGGCACCAAGAGUGAUGGCCUGUCCUGUCGAUAUGGCAAGAAUCCUUGGACCGAGUGUGACACAAAGACCAAUACGCGAUCCAGGACAUUGACACUGAAGAAGGGAGAUCCAGCAUGCGACCAAACGCGUACUAUUCAGAAGAAAUGUAAAAAAGCUUGCCGGUAUGAGAAGGGUUCCUGGUCGGAGUGCGCCACUGGGCAGAUGACCCGGGCCGACAAGCUAAAGACGAGCAGUGAUCCUUCCUGCGAAGCAACGCGAGUAAUCAAGAAGAACUGCAAGCCCGGAAAGUCCAAGGAUAAGAGUGCCAAAGAGCAGCGCAAGAACAAGGACAAAGCCGCUCGCAAAGGACGCGUUUAAGUGAUUUCGUAACCUAUUUAAUUUUAAAUGCCCCGUGUUGGUUUGCAGCCUUGCAAACGAUUUAAGUUAUACUGAUUUUUUAAUAUAUUUAUAAACAGAUAAAUCGUAACGACAUUAACUGUCUGCUAUGUAUACCCGUAAAGCAUUUUAAUUAAAUGCACAUAUUGAUUAAAUGUUGUAGUUUGGUUUCCAAGCAAACGAUACACUUAAUAUAAACAGCAGUACGUUCAAUUGUAAAACAUAAUAGUAACUUUUGCGAAAUUAAAAACAUAUUUAUGCAAUGCAAAUAAAAGAUAUAUUCAUACAAUACCAUACAUACAUAAAAUACCCUAAAAUAAUUUAGUUUACUCCAAAGACAACAAAAUACAUACAGAAAGCAUAAAUAAAUUAAAGUAAUUCCCUUAAAAAAUUAUGAUAAAACGAAGCAGUCUGACAUUUUAAACCGCAACCCGAGACUUGUCACAAAAACUUAGCAGAGUUGUUCUUCAAUUGAAUUUUGAAAUAAUAUUAACCGUAAAUCUAAAACAAAACAUUUAAUCAGAUUAUUGGUGUACAAUUUUUUGGCAAAUAUCAGCUUCCGAUUCUGAUCUCAAGAAAAAGCAGAACGAUGCUAUAUAUUGCGAAAAGAAAACCAACAACGGAAAUUAAAUAAUGAAAUCAAAGAAAACCGGUAAAAAGUUUGUCAUUCGCAGAUAAUAAACAAUUAAAAACCAAAAACACUUAGUGUAAAUAUUGUAAAAAAACAAAAAUAUAAAACCCUACUAUAAUGUAUGUAUGAAUGAGGCAGGAUUGGCGAUCCUUCGCCCGUAUCCUUGCUGCAUUGUAGGCGAUUGGCAUUUUAAAGUAGUUUACAACUCAUUCUCACUGGAAGUUUUGAUUCCAUCUUCGCCAAAAAAAAGAAACAAAAACCACAAAAAAAUUUAAAACACACAAGUCGAAAUACCGGCAGACAUACAUACAUACAUACUCGUACAUAUUUUGAUCCAAAGUUGUACCAUUUCCAAGAUAUGGUUUACCUUUUUAAUAAAAACAUAUAAACUUAGAACGUUAACUACGACUUAAUGUAUUUGCCUGUAAGCAGUUUUACAACAUACCCCCUUACUAACUUACAGCAGAAAUGAAACAAAAACAGAAACAGAAACAUAAACAGAAAAGCUCGCUCACAGCAUGCAAAUCCACAAAAACCUAGGGGUUUUUAUUCCACAAGGACGAGAGGAGCAAAUACACAACCACUUUUUCCCAAGAAAAAAACUAAAAAAUAAAAAAUUAUGUGAAAUUUGUUUACGUACGUAUACAUGCAGACGCAUACAACAUAAGAAAACAAAAACAAAAAGUAACUGAACUUUAAUAAAUACAAAUAUUACGGAA